AUGCCCGUGAUCGAUCUUGUGAGCUUCUGCAUGAAAAGCAGAUUCUCUACCAUUGAGCUGUGUGACAACCCUUCUCCUGCUACAACCUUGGAAGGUGCCUUCCUCAUACCUUACAUACUCUUCCUCGUCAUUGCUGGGAUGCCCUUGUUCUACAUGGAACUAGCUUUGGGCCAGUAUAACAGAGAAGGGGCUGCCACCGUAUGGAAAAUCUGUCCACUUUUUAAAGGUGUAGGCUAUGCUGUGAUACUCAUAGCUCUAUACGUGGGUUUCUACUACAACGUUAUCAUAGCUUGGUCUCUGUAUUAUCUGUUUGCAUCCUUCACACUGGAGGAGCUUCCCUGGACGAAGUGUGGCAACCCCUGGAACAGCCCCAACUGCAUAGACCCCAAACUCAUCAAUGCCUCAACAUUUGCCGCUGGAACCACUUAUUCCAAGUACAAGAUAACUCCUGCAGCUGAAUUUUAUGAGCGGAGAGUUCUACAGCUUCACCUAAGCCGGGGGAUUCAUGAUAUCGGCUUGCCCCAAUGGCAGCUCACACUGUGUCUCGUGGUUGUGGUGAUCACUGUUUUCUUCAGCCUGUGGAAAGGUGUGAAGACUUCAGGAAAGGUUGUAUGGAUAACAGCAACAUUGCCUUACGUUGUUUUAUCCGUACUGUUAAUCCAUGGACUGACAUUGCCUGGUGCGUAUGAUGGAAUCAAAGCAUACCUCAACAUUGACUUUAGAAGAUUAAAAGAAGCCACAGUGAGUGCUUGGUUUCAACCUUUGCAUUUAACAUUGAAAAGGAGAUUACAGUAACAAAUCAAGUUU